AACAGUCGCCUUUUUCCAUUGGACGAGUUCGGUUCAAAUGCUCUGUGUCGCUCGUUCAUUCGACCAAAAUAAAGUGCGUGUAGAAAAUCGGGCGUAUAUAUGUACAUAUAACCCUUAUCCGAUUGACACUGAUCGAAUCCGAGAGUCAGAAAAGCGUACGUUACAUAAAGGCCAAAACGAUGACGGAGCAGUAAAGGCUUGCCUGAAAAUCUUUCGCAACGCUGCUGCUCGGGUUUAAGUACUGAAGAGAUGACAUGACGUAAAACCAGAUUCAGAAAGCUCAAGUUCACUGCCAAGCAGAGUAACUUCAAGAGAAAGCAAAGGAAGUGAGAGCGCAAAAGCUUGAGAUUGAGCUUGGAGCUUUUGCAACGGCACCCACAAAAUGCCAGCCGUGAAAAUAAUAAUGAGUACCGAAACGUCGGCGAGCGAGACAACACCGCUGCGGCGGUCGGAAAACGAAACACCUGACCAUAAAGAACUGGCCCAAAGUAACAGCAACAGUCGACAAACAACAGUUAAUAGCAACAACAAUAACUACAGUAACUCGGUGCAAGUGCGUCUGCAGGAACAGGACAGAGAUAGCGACAGCGAGCAACAACAACAUACUGCCACCAUCACCAUGGAUACCAACAAAAGAAUCCUCUGCCGCGUGGGCUUGGAUGUUUUAAUCUUGCUCUGCGCUGGAUUUCCCAUACUGCUGUUUUUCCUGCUGGGCGAGCCGUACAAGCGGGGCUUCUUCUGCGAUGACGAGUCACUGAAGCACCCGUUCCACGAUUCUACGGUCCGGAAUUGGAUGCUAUACUUCAUCGGAGCUGUGAUACCAGUCGGCGUGAUAUUCAUCGUGGAGGUCAUCAUUUCACAGAACAAGGCCAAGCAGGAUAAUGGCAAUGCAACCAGUCGAAGGUACGUCUUUAUGAACUACGAACUGCCCGACUGGAUGAUCGAGUGCUACAAGAAGAUCGGCAUCUAUGCCUUCGGCGCUGUGCUCAGCCAGCUGACCACGGAUAUAGCCAAGUACUCCAUCGGCCGACUGCGUCCCCAUUUCAUCGCGGUGUGCCAGCCUCAAAUGGCCGACGGCAGCACCUGCGACGAUGCGAUCAAUGCGGGAAAAUACAUCCAGGAGUUCACAUGCAAGGGAGUUGGAUCGUCGGCGCGCAUGCUCAAAGAGAUGCGCCUCUCCUUCCCCAGUGGCCACUCCAGCUUCACCUUCUUCGCCAUGGUCUAUCUGGCGCUCUACCUGCAGGCUCGCAUGACCUGGCGGGGCUCCAAGCUGCUGCGUCACCUUCUCCAGUUCCUGUUCAUCAUGGUGGCCUGGUACACAGCCCUAAGUCGCGUAUCGGACUACAAGCACCACUGGUCCGAUGUGCUGGCAGGAUCGCUUAUUGGCUCCAUAAGCGCACUGGUCGUGGCCAACUAUGUCUCCGACUUGUUUCAAAAGCCCAACACGAAGCCCUAUUUGGCGCGUACAGUGCAAGACAUGAAUGCAUCGCCGGCCCAGGCCAUAACGAUUACUACAAACUAACACGCAGAAGUGCAAAAUAGCAAUUACAAGUUGCACGAGCUGUAGUUAAACUAAGGACUCGAUGUUCUUACGGCUUUCUUCAUGGGGACAGUGAAGCCUAGCUUUGCGAGCCUUCCCAAUUAAUUUAUUCCUGUACUGGCAUUUUAAGAGCUGAGCGUGAAUGUAUGUGUUAGCUGCAAGUGCACUCGAGUGCCUUCUUUAAUAUUUAAACUAGAGCAAUUGAGAGAUCUGUGUAUGACGAUAGCUAUACUAAAUAUUUUUAACUGACGCAACAAUUUCCACAAAACAAGUGACCUUUAAAACAGAGCUGCGCAAAAAAUAUAUGAAAGCAAUAAGUAUUAUGUAAACUAGUUUUAAGCUUUGGAUACGGAAAGAUAAUUAAAAUAUUUCUAAGAUGGCCGUUAAAUAUGUUAAUUUAUAAUUUUUGGCGAGAAUUUACAAUUGUUCGCUGAAUAUUUUUAUGAAAAUAAAAUAGAAUUAAGAAUAUGGUUUUGUUAUUUGUAG